AUGGGAAAGCCGAAGAAAGGAGGCAAAAAGAAAGACGUGGAUUGGGAGGACGAUGUUUUGAAUGAUCUUGAGUCAUUGAAAGAUGGUGAACCAGACAAAGAAAAUGCUACAAGUGAAUCUAAGGGUGGUGGCGGAAGAUUUCAAGGUCUUGAUAUCGAAGAUGAUGGCCCACCAGAAAAUGAUGAUGAUGACGACUUAGCGAAAACGGUUACAAAUACAAAGAAGAACAAGACAGACAAGAAAAAGAAACAAGCUGAAACUGCUUCAGAAACAACAGAAACAGUUGAAACUGAUAGAACUGCUGCCAAUAAUGAUCACAAAAAUGGAGAUAAUGCCUUAGAAACAAAUGAUAAUAAUGCUUUAGAUGAACCUCAUGUCUCAACUGCAAAAAAAUCCAAAAAGAAGAAGAAAGAUAAGAAAGAUUUUGACUUUGAUUUUGAGGAUGACUCUGGAGAUGAAAAAGUAAAGCCAGCUAAAACGCCAGACAGUGCAGCAAAGAAACUUGAAGAAGUGCCAGAUGAAUCAGAUACUAUAAUCAAAACAGCGGCACAGAAACGUGCUGAAAAGAAAGAGAGGGAAAAAAAGAAAAAAGAAGCUGAGAAAGCCAAGGCAAAAUCUAAAGUUAAGAAGGAUGAAAACGAAAUAGACACCAAGGUAGAUGACAAGACAGAAGGAGCAUCAAAUAUUGAUACAGAAUUACCUGCAGAUAAAGAACAAGAGGAUGUUGUGGCACCAAGCCUAUCAGGAGAUGUAGGUGACGUUGAUGCUGACAAGCCUGCUGCAGAUAACCUUGAUGGCAAAGGUGAAGAACAGGAUGUGAAACAGAUGCAGCAGCAACUUGAACAGCUGAAGCUAGAAGAAGAAAGAAGGAGGCAAGAAGAGGAAGAAAAACAGAGAGCUUUAGAGGAGGCAGAGAACAGGAGACUUGAGAAGCUUGUCUUUGCAACUCUCAGGGAGGACGAUGUUUUGAAUGAUCUUGAGUCAUUGAAAGAUGGUGAACCAGACAAAGAAAAUGCUACAAGUGAAUCUAAGGGUGGUGGCGGAAGAUUUCAAGGUCUUGAUAUCGAAGAUGAUGGCCCACCAGAAAAUGAUGAUGAUGACGACUUAGCGAAAACGGUUACAAAUACAAAGAAGAACAAGACAGACAAGAAAAAGAAACAAGCUGAAACUGCUUCAGAAACAACAGAAACAGUUGAAACUGAUAGAACUGCUGCCAAUAAUGAUCACAAAAAUGGAGAUAAUGCCUUAGAAACAAAUGAUAAUAAUGCUUUAGAUGAACCUCAUGUCUCAACUGCAAAAAAAUCCAAAAAGAAGAAGAAAGACAAGAAAGAUUUUGACUUUGAUUUUGAGGAUGACUCUGGAGAUGAAAAAGUAAAGCCAGCUAAAACGCCAGACAGUGCAGCAAAGAAACUUGAAGAAGUGCCAGAUGAAUCAGAUACUAUAAUCAAAACAGCGGCACAGAAACGUGCUGAAAAGAAAGAGAGGGAAAAAAAGAAAAAAGAAGCUGAGAAAGCAAAGGCAAAAUCUAAAGUUAAGAAGGAUGAAAACAAAAUAGACACCAAGGUAGAUGACAAGACAGAAGGAGCAUCAAAUAUUGAUACAGAAUUACCAGCAGAUAAAGAACAAGAGGAUGUUGAGGCACCAAGCCUAUCAGGAGAUGUAGGUGACGUUGAUGCUGACAAGCCUGCUGCAGAUAACCUUGAUGGCAAAGGUGAAGAACAGGAUGGUGAGGAGGAUGGAGAAGACAAAGACAAAGAAAAAAAGAAAAAGAAGAAGAAGAAAAAGGGAGAGAAAGAAGAGAAGAAGGUCAAGAAACCCAAUAAAGCUUUAGUGAAACAGAUGCAGCAGCAACUUGAACAGCUGAAGCUAGAAGAAGAAAGAAGGAGGCAAGAAGAGGAAGAAAAACAGAGAGCUUUAGAGGAGGCAGAGAACAGGAGACUUGAGAAGUUGAGACUUGAACAGGAAAGAAAGGAGAAGAAAAAGCAGAAAGAAAAGGAAAGGAAAGAGAGACUUAAGAAGGAAGGGAAGUUCCUCACCAAGACUCAAAAGCAACAGAGAGCACAGGCUCAAGCAAUGUUGGAUUCUAUGAAAAAGCAAGGUUUGAUAGACAUCCCUGCACUUAAUCAGCAAGAACAAGAUGGAGUAAGAAGGCCAGUCAGAUAUGGUACCAAGAAACCCAAGAAACAACAACAACAGCAACAACAACAACAACAACAAGAUCAGGAAGAAACUGAGCAACCAGAUGGUUCUACUGAAGAUCAAGUCACUACUUCUGAAGGCACAAUUGCUGAAGAAGAUGAUAAGAAAUCUGAUGAUCAGCAGGACACUGACAAUGUAGAAACUGAAGAACAAGAGGAGGACAAGGAUGACGAGGCUGAAGAAGAGGAUGAGGUCAAGGACUCUUGGGACGUUGAUUCUGAUGAAGAACUUGAAGAUAAAACAACUGUUAAAGGUUCUGAUGCUAAAACACCAGCUACAGUUAAGGUGGAAGUCAAACCGUCUGCAGAAGUGGCUGCAGAAAGUGAAGAAGACUCAGAGGAGAGUGAGGAAAGUGAAGAGGACACUGAUUCAGAUGACGAGGAGGAAGAGAGUGACAGUGACGAGGAGUCUGAUGACGAGGACACCAAAACAGAAACUGUGUGGGAAAGAAUUGAGGAAAGGAAAGAGAGACUUAAGAAGGAAGGGAAGUUCCUCACCAAGACUCAAAAGCAACAGAGAGCACAGGCUCAAGCAAUGUUGGAUUCUAUGAAAAAGCAAGUAUCAUUGCCAUUUCUGAAUUUGUCUUGUCUAAUUCAUUUAACAGUCACUACUUCUGAAGGCACAAUUGCUGAAGAAGAUGAUAAGAAAUCUGAUGAUCAGCAGGACACUGACAAUGUAGAAACUGAAGAACAAGAGGAGGACAAGGAUGACGAGGCUGAAGAAGAGGAUGAGGUCAAGGACUCUUGGGACGUUGAUUCUGAUGAAGAACUUGAAGAUAAAACAACUGUUAAAGGUUCUGAUGCUAAAACACCAGCUACAGUUAAGGUGGAAGUCAAACCGUCUGCAGAAGUGGCUGCAGAAAGUGAAGAAGACUCAGAGGAGAGUGAGGAAAGUGAAGAGGACACUGAUUCAGAUGACGAGGAGGAAGAGAGUGACAGUGACGAGGAGUCUGAUGACGAGGACACCAAAACAGAAACUGUGUGGGAAAGAAUUGAGAAAAGACGUGUAAGGGCAGAAGCUAAUCGAAGCACAGACAACCUUCGAUCUCCAGUCAUUUGUGUGUUGGGCCAUGUGGACACUGGAAAAACAAAGAUUUUAGACAAGAUACGUCACACUCAUGUCCAAGAUGGAGAAGCAGGCGGUAUUACUCAGCAGAUUGGUGCUACUAUGGUUCCUGUUGACGCUAUCAGAGAGCAGACCAGGAUGAUCAAAGAUUUUCAAGAUUUUAACAUCAAGCUGCCUGGUCUUCUUAUCAUCGAUACACCUGGACAUGAAUCCUUCAGUAAUUUACGGUCCCGCGGGUCAUCCCUUUGCGACAUGGCUAUCUUGGUGGUGGACAUUAUGCAUGGCUUGGAGCCACAGACUAUCGAGUCACUUAACUUGUUGAAGAAGAGAAAGACUCCUUUUAUAGUGGCACUGAACAAGGUUGACAGACUGUUUGAGUGGAAGCGAGGUCCAAAUUCAGGCAUCUUUGACACGAUCAAAAAACAGAAGAAAAACACUAAACAAGAGUUUGAUGAACGAGUGCAGAUCGUCGUGAAAGAGUUCGCUGAACAGUCCUUGAAUGCAGCUCUUUUCUACAACAAUCCCGAUGCUCGAUCGUAUGUGUCCCUAGUACCCACAUCUGCUCACACCGGAGAUGGAAUGGGUGAUCUGAUCUCACAAGUGGUGCAACUCACUCAAUUAAGACUCGCUCAAAGACUAGCCUUUUCUGAAGAAUUGCAGAGCAUGGUGCUGGAGGUAAGAGCUGAUUCGCUCCGAGCCAUACGGUUUUUGCGAAAAAUUCUUUUAUCAUUGCCAUUUCUGAAUUUGUCUUGUCUAAUUCAUUUAACAGUCACUACUUCUGAAGGCACAAUUGCUGAAGAAGAUGAUAAGAAAUCUGAUGAUCAGCAGGACACUGACAAUGUAGAAACUGAAGAACAAGAGGAGGACAAGGAUGACGAGGCUGAAGAAGAGGAUGAGGUCAAGGACUCUUGGGACGUUGAUUCUGAUGAAGAACUUGAAGAUAAAACAACUGUUAAAGGUUCUGAUGCUAAAACACCAGCUACAGUUAAGGUGGAAGUCAAACCGUCUGCAGAAGUGGCUGCAGAAAGUGAAGAAGACUCAGAGGAGAGUGAGGAAAGUGAAGAGGACACUGAUUCAGAUGACGAGGAGGAAGAGAGUGACAGUGACGAGGAGUCUGAUGACGAGGACACCAAAACAGAAACUGUGUGGGAAAGAAUUGAGAAAAGACGUGUAAGGGCAGAAGCUAAUCGAAGCACAGACAACCUUCGAUCUCCAGUCAUUUGUGUGUUGGGCCAUGUGGACACUGGAAAAACAAAGAUUUUAGACAAGAUACGUCACACUCAUGUCCAAGAUGGAGAAGCAGGCGGUAUUACUCAGCAGAUUGGUGCUACUAUGGUUCCUGUUGACGCUAUCAGAGAGCAGACCAGGAUGAUCAAAGAUUUUCAAGAUUUUAACAUCAAGCUGCCUGGUCUUCUUAUCAUCGAUACACCUGGACAUGAAUCCUUCAGUAAUUUACGGUCCCGCGGGUCAUCCCUUUGCGACAUGGCUAUCUUGGUGGUGGACAUUAUGCAUGGCUUGGAGCCACAGACUAUCGAGUCACUUAACUUGUUGAAGAAGAGAAAGACUCCUUUUAUAGUGGCACUGAACAAGGUUGACAGACUGUUUGAGUGGAAGCGAGGUCCAAAUUCAGGCAUCUUUGACACGAUCAAAAAACAGAAGAAAAACACUAAACAAGAGUUUGAUGAACGAGUGCAGAUCGUCGUGAAAGAGUUCGCUGAACAGUCCUUGAAUGCAGCUCUUUUCUACAACAAUCCCGAUGCUCGAUCGUAUGUGUCCCUAGUACCCACAUCUGCUCACACCGGAGAUGGAAUGGGUGAUCUGAUCUCACAAGUGGUGCAACUCACUCAAUUAAGACUCGCUCAAAGACUAGCCUUUUCUGAAGAAUUGCAGAGCAUGGUGCUGGAGGUCAAGUCACUGCCCGGCCUUGGCACUACAAUUGAUGUGAUCUUGAUCAAUGGUAAGCUGAAGGAAGGGGACACAGUCGUAGUGGCCGGAAUUGAGGGCCCUAUUGUAACGCAGAUUAGGGCCUUACUUACGCCUCAGCCUCUCAAGGAACUAAGGGUCAAGAACCAGUAUAUCAACAACAAAGAGCUUCUUGCUUCCCAGGGGGUCAAAAUUGCUGCUAAGGACCUGGAAAAGGCCCUGGCUGGUAUACCGCUGUUUGUUGCUCAGCAACCAGACGAGGUUGACUACUGGAAGGAAGAAGUGUCGAACUUGCUUCGUGACACGCUUCAGUCCAUCAAGCUGUCAGACCGUGGUGUGUAUGUGCAGGCCUCUACUCUGGGAUCACUGGAAGCCCUGCUUGAAUUCCUGCGAACUUCGAAAAUUCCUUAUUCUGGAGUGAACAUCGGCCCAGUUCACAAGAAGGACAUCAUGAAAUGCUCCACGAUGUUGGAACACGACAGCCAGUUCGCGGUUAUCCUGGCCUUUGACGUGCGGAUAGAGAGAGAGGCACAAGAAAUGGCUGACAGUCUGGGCGUGAAAAUAUUUGCCGCCGACAUCAUCUAUCACUUGUUCGACAAAUUUACAGCUUAUAGAGAGGAACUUAAACAAAAGAAGCGGGAAGAAUUUAAGCACAUUGCAGUGUUUCCGUGCAAGCUACGAAUUCUGCCUCAACACAUCUUCAACUCCCGUGGCCCGAUUGUGGUUGGUGUGAUUGUGGAGGCUGGUGUAGUGAAGGAGGGAACCCCUGUGACAGUUCCGAGCAAGGAGUUUUUAGAUGUCGGGGUUGUUACUGGCAUCGAAGCCAACCACAAGCCGCUCACUGAGGCUCGUAAAGGCAUGGAGGUGUGCGUGAAGAUCGAGUCCCCGCCUGGAGAGGCGCCGAAAAUGUACGGCCGGCAUUUUGAUCACACAGACCUUUUGAUGAGCAAGAUUAGCCGAGAAUCCAUUGACGCUGUAAAGAAUUACUUCAGAGAUGAUUUACAAAAGGCUGACUGGCAGCUCAUGAUUGAACUGAAGAAGAUUUUUGAAAUACUGUAAAUGAACAUACAAGAUGCGCGCAAAGCUCCCGCGAACCAAUUUUAAAUGUAUGGAAUUUCCCCACCGAUAAGGAACAGGCGGGACACCUUGUGUCAUAUGAAGACUUUUAAGGGCUUUACUUCCCCCUGCUCUGUUAGCCCCUCAGUACGAGCGACGCGUGCGGUUUUCGUUGCUCUCUUCGUUUCAUUGUCCUGUUCAAACAAGACAAUGCAAUGAAAUAUUCUCUCCUUAAUUGGCCUAAAAUUGUCCUUUUUGGCGGAGUUUGUGCGUUAAUUACUCGUCCCGGCAGUCUCAGCGCACCCCAUGUCACAAGUUCACCCUGUUCCUUGUUUCAUUCACUAAAAUUUGGCUGCUGUUGACUCGGAUUAAUCUAUUUCUUUCUAAAUCGAAACAAAUAUAUGUUAUAUGUUUUGUAACCUAAAGUGAAUUGAUACUCGAAAAUAAAAGUCCAGGGAAUCUAAAUUCUUGUUUGUCAAUAUGUUGUGCGUAACGCUAAAUUACAUUUUGUCGAUAUGUUAUGCCGUGA